CAACACACACUUAAAAAUUUAAUGUGAGUUCACAGCUUGAUUUGGGGAAAACAGUUCUAGCAGUUCGAGCGUCAUGGACGAGGAACGCGCCAAUCCGCCCGCCGAUCCGAGCAUCGAGCCCAGUGAAUAUUCGCAUGGUCGCUUCGUGAGCCGGAGCACCAUCACCCUGACGCGCGGAAUGGACUCGACGAGGCUGCUCUACAUGGGCGACAACUUCCAGCAGACGCGCAGCGAUCAGGACAUUUUCUUCGACUGCCAGGGGCCGGCGGAGGACUCUCCAAAGGAGGGACGUAGUGCCACCAGUCGCUGCAAGCUGGAAGACCCGGCUGCCAUUCGGGAGGCCCUGGAACGGGCGGCCAAUGCCACGCAGAUGCUGCUCAAGAACUUCGACAAGGCUGGGGGUUGGAACCAACCCUGUGCUGUCACCCUGGAACUGACCGCUCGAUUGGUGGACCCCAAGAAGGGUCGAGCCGGCUGUCCUCUUCACGGCAAGCCCGUAACUGUUCAGAUGCCGCUGGAGUUCAAUCCGCAGGGUGGCAAGAUGGUCAGCUGCCAGCAGAAGCAUCCGCCUGCGACAAGGAAUCGCAAGGAGUCCAUCUGCCAGUGCCGCUCCCACCAGGCGAUGCGACCACCGCCGAGGACGCCCAAGCCCAGCACAGAAUGCCCGGCUCUGAUGUACAUGCAGCAUGAGCGACAUUCCGACAGCGACCCCAACUCCCGCCACCAACAGACCGACCAAUCCUACCUGAAAGACCACUGGAAGCCGUCGAAGACCCCGCAGUCCCAGUUAUCCGAGUGCGAGGAUCCACAUGCCAAGCCCUCGCAGACGGAGGAUUCCUUUUUGCGGAAACACCACACGCCCAAGUACCCGGAACCCCAGCCGGAACCGAAGGCCGAAUCGAAACCGGAUGAAGGACCUACCUGCUCCUGCAAGACCAAGCGGUCCAAGUCUGCCGAUCCACCACCGGUCAAGACCCACGUAUGUGCGUGCCACAAAGAUGCAGUCGUUCCAUGUGAAGUGGAGAAGCCCAGUCAGAAGCCAUGCUCCGUGAGAACAUCGGUGACUGAACAAAGUGCAGGAACCUCGUUCAAAAGUGCUCUAACAGCUUGCACCAAGGAUCUCCUUGAUCCCUGCACUUGUGGCUCAAAUCCACCUUACUGGGCGGGUCAAAGCAACCUGGUUUCGGGACCAUCCCACAGUAGGGCUCCCUGCCAUUCGAAUGUUACCGAAACCUCCUUUAAGAGCGACUUCACCUUCUCUCCCCUGCUGGAACCGGGCAAACCAAAGGGAAGGCACUCCCGAUCCAAGAGUCUGGCCAGUCUUCCCGAAAGAUCUAGUCGGCCCAACCAGAGCGGCGUUACUUGGUUGUCCGCUUUAAAAGAUCCAGAAACCGAGGGUUGCCCCGCCCAGAAGGAGGAACGACCUCCGUGUACCUGCAAUGCCACCCAGACCCACCAGGAUUCGUCAAUGGCUUUCCUUCCACCGAGCCAUCCCAACUACCGCAGCAUGACUUCCAGAUCGAAUGCUUCCAAUGCGAGAAACCCGUGCAGUCAGCCCUCCUUUGGAGUGGACGAUGAGACCUCGGCUACAACGAGAUCCCGGUCGAUUGUGGGCAAGAUCACCUGUCUGUGCGGUUCAGAGCAGCAGCCCACCAAGGACUUUGUGGCCAAUCUGGCCCAUCAGGAUUGCACAGAGUGUGAAGGAGAGCGCAGCAUUCCGCCAUGUCCCUCCACAAGGAUACAACAUCCAUCAGGAUUCUCCCAGUUCAAGAAUUGCCAGUCAGCUCCAUGCCAACCCAGUGCCUCUACUCGUUCGAGAAAAGUUAGCCUCAAGGACCACAGUGGAGAGUUCUGUGACUGUGAUGAGUCUGAUGGGUCCUCCGACUUGUCCGAUCCCAUCCAGACCAGCCUCCACACCCACCGAAGUCUCUCGGGCGGCAGCUGUCUGUGCAAUUACGACGAACCUCCUGGCCAGGAUCCCGCCCAGUCGACGUGUGUGAGCAAGGAGUGCCAGUGCUAUCUGAAGAACGAUCUGGCAGAGAUGCAGAGUGCCCAGGAGGGCACGGGUUUCCAGACACCCGAAGAUCUCUGCGGAAACAAGAGCAUGGCCUGUUGCACGCGCAAGCAGCGCAUCCUCCAGUUGAUGGAGAAGCUCACCACUACCGGGUGCGAUUGUGGGGAGUCCCGCUCCUGCCUGGUCCAACAGCUGUUCCGCGAAAUGACGCUAUUGCUGAGAUCGGAAAGGGAGGAUGCAGUUGCUCCGGCAGAUGAGCCAAGGCCCCCCUGCCUGACCUUCGAUGAGUGCUGUGCGAAGCAACAUGACCGCACUGGUGAGGAGGAAGCCGGCGAGAGGCCCAUGUCCAAAAGGCAGGUCCGACGAGUAGAGUGCUUCCAUCAGCUGGAGGAGUACCUCCGCAAGUGCUACUUGCCGCCGGGAGAGCCGGAGGUCCCAGAGACUGAUAUCUAUGCCUUCGAACUGGACCCGGACUUUCCACCUGAUGUAGAGCCCCAAAAACCUCCAGUGGAGAAGGCAACAUGCCAGCCUUGCUCGGAGAAGUUCUAUGACCUGGGAAAUUCUUUAACCUGCUCACGUGAUGGCCUAGAUGGCGAUGUUUUCCGUGACUGUGAGGAGGAAGAAGAAGAGAAUCAUAAAUGCGACUGUAACGGAGAGAAUCAACCAAUGGGAGAGCCAGAUCUUUGCCAAUCCCUCAAAGCCUUUAUCAACAAGGAAGUGCAAGAAAUUCUAGAGGAAGAGACCCAAAAGGAAGGCAACGACCUGGAACCAAAAACACCCAGCAUCAUACUCAAGGAAAUCUGUGAGGGACCCACGAACCCUGUGCCCCCUGUAAGGGAGGAGAAACCCGAGCAGGUUGAGUGUCCUUUUGCCGGCAUGGUGUCCUGUCCUCCGUGGAUCAAAGAGGAGACGGACUGGGCGGCCUAUCCUUACAAUGUAGAGCCCUGUGCGGAGAAGGACACGGUUGUGCCAAGGGGUCCGCGUACUGGUCUACUGCCCGAAGGACCUCUGCCACCCAAUGUGCGAAAUCUCUGCGAGCAGCUCCUUCGAAAGGCCCUCAAGGACUGUGGUCUAUGUGGUGGCACUCCUCUGCACUCGUGCGAGGAUGAAGAGUGCAUAGAAUGCCCGCCCGAAUGCGAACAAUGCCCGGAAGAGUGCCCGGAAGACUGCCCGGAGGAGUGCCAACCGGAAUGCCCCGGGGAUGGCCCCGAAGAAUGUGAGGAGGAGUGCCGGGCGGAGGCACCUGAACAGGGAUGCCUCUGCUGCCACUGUCGCGCCCUCAUCUGCGACGAAGAGUGCAAGACGGUUUCCAAAACCCUCCGCUCGGCCAUGUGUGAUCCACUCUGCGAAAUGAAAUACUUUAUAGACUCGAUGAUCAUAGAUAUGCAUGCCAUGGACUGUGUGCUGGGCAACAAGCAGGCGAAGCCUAAGGACGUUAGGGCAAAUGAUGCAACCAAUAGGACAGGACCGGGGGAAAGUUUCCCGGCUACGAUUACGUGUGUUACCAGUUUGGGAUGCACCGCUCUCUAUGUCAGAUGGAAAGUGGAAGACUGCCGCGCUAUAGCAGGAUUCGAGAUUUACGUGGAUGGGCAUUUGACCAAUAGAUUCUACAGUUUUCGUCACGAGGCGGGUGUAAUAACCAAUGUGAAUGUGACCAAUCCCCACCAGAUUGUGCUGCGUGCCCAGGCGGUGGGUCAGGAGUUCCCCGGCGAGGGUAGGGGCAAAGGCCCGGAAUGCGGCUGCCAGACGGUGGCGGUUGCCAAUCCGGAAAUGAUGGCCGGAGCUGAGAGGCCGUGGACGCCCAGUGUCUUCUACUACGAUCCCAACCAAUUGCCGCCGUCGGGAGGCGGUCAAAAGUGCUAGUCAAGAAUCAUAUAUCGAAUAUCGUCGGAUAUCAAUAUCACCGUUAUCGGAACAAAGGAGCAUAACGCUCCCUCACCUUUUAGCUUGUACAUAUAGCAUAUUUAUAUGUAGUGUUUGUUAAGAGUUGUUUUUUCUGAAGGAUACCAAGCGAAAUUAUCUGUACGUAGUGCUUUACAUAGUGCCUUAAAUCGUAAUACUAGAUUUUAAGCAGAGAUCAAUGCAUUGUAAAGGAAUUGAAAGCAGAUUAAUCCAUUCAGA